GCCUUUAUUUUUCCACGAUAGCUUGUUAUCAAUGUGCACCUGGCCACUUGCUCCUGCAAGCCACAGCUUAACUCCACCUGGAUUGGCGCAGUUUAUCAGUGGUGGGAGCGUGGCCCUCCCAUUGAACAAGCGAGUUUAAUUGUCCUCGUGCUGGCACUCCGACAACCUCUGAAUUUGGAGAAUGCCCUCUCCCCUUUAGCCGUGGUGGUGUUGGAAGCAGAGACGUACGGGUUGAAGAAACAGAGUGCAGCCCGCACUCGACGGCAGGGAAGGCGCUCCACCAGGUGUACAGAUGGUUUGUGAAAUGAAACUGAAGAACUCUCUUGGGGCCAACACGGACGGCAGCAUCUUGGAGAGAAUCAGCGCCAUCGCCAUCAACCCUCAGCAGGUCCUGGAGGAUGUCCUGCCCAAAGUGCCCAGAACAGUGAGGGUGUCCGACGUGCCCAAGCUCUUCCGUGAGCCGUACAUCCACAGUGGCUACCGUCCAGUGGAGCAGGACUGGAAGUACUACCUGUUCAGCCUCUUCCAGCGGCACAACGAGGCUCUCAACGUGUGGACCCACCUGCUGGCGGUCCUGGUGAUACUUGUCCGCUUCUUCGUCUUCCUGGGGACGGCGCCGCCUUUCCCCACCGUCUACAGCCUGCCUCUCUGCUUCUUUAUCGUGGCCUGUGUCGUUUACUUGUCCUGCAGCGUGCUGGCCCACCUCUUCCAGUCCAAGUCCGAACUGGCUCACUAUUCUUUCUACUUCUUGGACUACGUGGGGGUGGGCACCUACCAGUAUGGCAGCGCCCUGGCGCACUACUACUACUGCGCCGAGACGGAGUGGUUCCAGAUGAUCCGCCCCUACUUCCUACCCCUGUCUGCCCUCUUCGGCUGGCUCUCCUGCAUCGGCUGCUGUUUCUCCAAGAUGCACUUCCAGCGCCCGUACCCCAUCACCCGCAAGGUAUGUCAGGUGGUGCCCGCCUUCCUGGCCUACGUCCUGGACAUUAGCCCCAUCGUGCACCGAAUCGGCACCUGCUGGGCUGCCGGGUGCGCCGACGAAGCCAUCUGGUACCACAGUCUGCAGAUCAUCAUGUUCGUGGUGGCCUCUUGCUUCUUCUCCUACCCCGUGCCGGAGAAGUACUUCCCGGGGAGCUGCGACAUCGUGGGGCAAGCCCACCAGAUCUUCCACGUCUUCCUGGCCCUGUGCACGCUGGCCCAGUUGGAGGCAGUGCUGCUCGACUACCGGGGCCGGCGUGAGCUGCUGGCGGCGCGGGGUGACCAGGACACCAUCUACACCGCCUGCAGUCUCUUCGUGCUGCUGCUGUUCUGCAGCGGCCUCUCGGCGCUCUACCUGCGUGGAGUCAUCAAGCGGCGGCUGCGGAAGAGAGGCGACUGAACGCCCGGCCGGGUGCCUGGCGCAGUCCCGUCUUUAUCUGAGGAUCUGUCUAUGCUCUAACAAAUUAAUGUUGUGUGUGAAUACAUGCAGAUCUCCAAGGGUCCAGCCGACUCCUGGCUUUGGUUUAUUGGUUGCCGGGAGGAAAGGGGGUUGGGGGAAGCCUGGAUCUGCCAUUGACUGGGGUUGUGGUAGAUCACCCUGCGGUGAUGGCAGCACACAGCUCUAAUAGAGUGGCUGAUAUAGGAGCUGUUGGAGCCGACCCGCUAUUCCUCUGUACAUGGGCACUCAGGCCGGUGGUCUCCUCCGAGGGAUGCCUGAACAGCUGUACUGCAAAGGGUUCAGGCUGGGGGCUUCCAGGUCCUGCAGGAGAAGGAGCAUGAAAGCUAGGUUGUCCUUGCCCCAGUUAUGUGUGUGGGACAGUGAGGAAGCCACUCUGUUUCUAACCUGGAAGUAUGUGAAGGGAUAAUGUUAGAGGAAACUUCGUUUUGUUUGUAACCCUGGAUGUGUAUGAUGAGACAGUGUAAAGAGAGCUUCAUUCCGUAUCUAACCCUAGGAAUGUGUGUCGGGAGAGCGUGGAGGGAGCUUCAAACACUGGGGCUGUCUGAUUAAAUAGUGUAGAGGGAGUUUCACUCUAUCUAAUGUGCCCUUUGAGUGUGUGAUGGGAUGGUGUUAGUGGAGCUAUACUCUGUACCUAAUCCAUGCUGUAUCAUAGAAAAAUUCCAACUAAAAAAAACCCUGGUCCUGAUGAAAUAGAGCACCCUGGCCUAAUCUAGCAUCUAUCAGUCCAUAUCUCUACAGAUUACACGUCCAAGCUCCAAAAAAGCAGUGAGUUCUAGACUCGUACCAAGCUCUGGAUGAAAAAUAUUACAUCAUCUCCCCUCUCAACCUUCCAGCGAUUAUGUUUUAAUCCAUAUCCCCUGGCUUUAUCAACCCUCAGUUUGUGUUAUAUAGUGACUUGAAUGUGAAUGUAAAAGGAAUCAUCUGUAGAUUACAUGAAAAUUAGUGGUGGCUUGGAUAGUGUGAAGAAGGUUGUCAAAGACAACACUAGGAUAUAGAUCAAAUGGAAAGUUGAGUAGGGUUUAGGCAGAUGAAAUUUAGUCUUGACCAGUGCAAGGUGAUUCAUUUUGAGAGGUCAAGGAAAGGUAGGAUGUGACCAAUAAAUGGUAGGGUGCUAAGGAUUGCUGAUCAACAAUGAGACCCUGGGUAGGAAGGAACUGCAGAUGCUGCUUUACACCAAAGAUAGGCACAAAAUGCUGGAGUAACUCAGUAGGUCUGGCAGCAUCUCUGGAGAAAAGGAAUACGUGGUUGCCUUGGACGUGAAACGUCACCUAUUCCUUUUCUCCAGAGAUGCUACAUGACCUGCUGAAUAACUCAGUAUUUUGUAUCCGUCUUCAAUGAGACUCUGGCGUUCAAGUCCCCUGUUCCUUGCAAGUGGCAACAUACGUAGUGGCAUAGAAUACAAGAUUGGUUGAAUUUAUUAUGUUGCAAAUUUCUAAAAAGAAACAUCUUGGCCAACACUUGGAGUACUGUAUACAGUUUUGGUCACCACACUAGGAAGGAUGUGACUGCACAGAAGAGAACGCAGAAACGAUUCACCAAGAUAUUGUAGACUCGAGGGACUGCAGAUGCUGGCUAACAAAAAAACAAGACACAGUGCUGGUUUAACUCAGCGGGUCCGGCAACAUCUCUGGAGAACAGGUUGUGGGUGGGGACUCUUCAUUAGACAUUGUAGUAAGGGUGAGAGGAGAGAUGGGGGUAGGACAGAGCCUAGAAUGUGAUAAUAGGAUACAGGUAAGGGAGAUCACGUAUUCAUUUUCUCCAGAGGUGCUCCCUGACCCACUGAGUUACUCCAGCAUUUUGUGUAUCUUGGGUCCUCAGCACCAUUUGGGACUCCACAGAAUUUGCCCACUCAUUACACUUCUCAAAUUCCCGGGUGCUGAUGUGGUGGCAACGUUGAAGUAGGUCACAUCGCUAGCGCAGCCAUGAGUUGAAGAGCAAGAAGUUGUGAUCGGACAAAUUCAGAAGCUCCUUUCUUACUUACAGCUGGCACUUCGGUGCAGCCCUUGGCGUGUUCUCUGCUGCUGACUUUACUGACCAUCGACCAUCCCUUUACACAUAGCCUAUGUUAAUCUUAUCUUUUAGUCUUCCAGAAGUCACACCAACCUCCUCAACCCUAAAUUUUACCACUCAGCCACACACGAGGGUAAUUUACAGGCGUCGUUGAAGUUAAACACUAACGGAAUUUAGAGAGCAGAAAAUUGGUCCUUUGCCCCAAUUUGUCCAAAUAUCUUCCAGAAUUCAUCCCAUGUGACUGGAUUAGGCCCAUAUUCCUCCAAACCUUUCCUCAAAAUGAACGUCCAAAUGUUUUUUAACGUAAGUGUGCAAGUGUGAUAGAGGUACAAUUACGUGAGGAGGAAGAGUUUGGAUUUUUGGGGUAAUCGUCCAGUGAGGCUAUAGGGGAAGAACUUGGAAAUGAACAGGGGAUCCUUGUUUGAUGGCACUGUAUUAUAAACUUUAUUAAAUGUGUCCAAGACGGCUUCCUUAUUUAAUAUCGAGAGACUCCUACUAGACAGGAUGUAUCAUUGGUCCUCCUCUUCGGAACAUGGUAGGUCAAGUGACUGAAGUGUUGCUGGGAGAGCACUACAGGAUCAGUGACCAUAAUUCUACAGGGAAAGGUAGAACUAGUCCACAAUUUAGCGUCCUAAAUGGGCACACAGCUGAUUUUGUAGGUAUUUGGCUGGAACUUUCAGAGGUCAACUGGGUGAGACUGUUUUCGAUCAGAAGACAUGUAAGUACGAGGCUUGUGUGUGAUGUCAGGCUUUCAAGGUCAGCAUGUUCCUGUUGGAAUGAAAUGUAAGGCUGGCAUGUUCUGGGAAUGCUAGUUAACACCAAAAAAUUGAGGCAAAUAUCAGGUUUAGGCAUCUCUCGAGCUAAUCCCUCAAGAAGUAUAAGAAGCACAGGAGAACAUUAAGGGGAAUUUUAGGAAGGCAAAAAUAGAGCAUGAUAUGGAUCUGGCAGGCAAGGUAAAGAAGAGUUACAGGUUAUCCAUUGGCUUGUACUUGCUAGAAUUUAGAAGAUUGACGGGGGAUCUUAUAGAAACUUACAAAAUUCUUAAGGGGUUGGACAGGCUAGAUGCAGGAAGAUUGUUCCCGAUGUUGGGGAAGUCCAGGACAAGGGGUCACAGUUUAAGGAUAAGGGGGAAAUCCUUUAGGUGAAUCUCUGGAACUCUCUGCCACAGAAGGUAGUUGAGGCCAGUUAAUUGGCUAUUAUAUUUAAGAGGGAGUUAAAUGUGGCCCUUGAGACUAAAGGGAUCAGGGGGUAUGGAGAGAAGGCAGGUACAGGAUACUGAGUUGGAUGAUCAGCCAUGAUAAUAUUGAAUCGUGGUGCAGGCUCGAAGGGCGGAAUGGCCUACUCCUGCACCUUUUUCCUAUGUUUCUGAGUAUUGUGUUCAGUUUCGGUCAUCCUUUCAGCUAGAAAGAGUUCAGAGACGAUUUACAAGGACGUUGUGAGGACAAGAAGGCCUGAUAUAGCGACGUUGGGCAGGGUAGGACUUUAUUCCUUGGAGCGGAGGAGGCUGAGGGAUGAACUUGUAGAUGUGUAUAAAAUUCAUGAGGUAAAUAGGUUGGGUAAUAUACAGUGUGUAGGAAAGAACUGCUGGUUUAAUCAAAGAUAGACACAAAAUGCUGGAGUAACUCAGCAGGACAGGCAGCAUCUCUGGAGAGAAGGAAUGGGUGAUGUUUCAGGUCGAGACCCUUCUUCAGACAUCGGGUAAUAUACAGAGUCUUUCCCCCAGGGUAGGGGAAUCAAGAAGUAGAGGGCAUGGGUUUAAGAUGAGAGGAGAUUGAUUUAAUAGGAUUCUGAGAGACAACUUUUUCACACUGAGUGGUGGAUAUAUGGAAGUAGACCAGAUGAAGUGGUUGAGGCAGAUACAAUAACAAUAUUUAAAAGACAUUUGGACAGAUGCUUGGAUAGGAAAUGUUUAGGACCAAAUGGUACCAGCUUGGAUGGGGAAUCUUAGUAUUAAUGAGCUGGGCAGAAGGAGCUGUAUGACACUAUGACUGAGGUGCAUUAAUGGUGUGCUGUAGGGAUUGGUGCUGGGCUCAUUAUUGUUCAUCAUUUAUUCAAACGAUUUGCAUAAGAAUGUACAAAGCAUUCUUUACAGCAGCAAAGCAGUAACUUUACAGAUGAUACACUAAAAUAAAUUAUAGAUAGUGAAGAAUGUUAUUCUAAUUUAGAGUGGGAUCGUGAUCAGCUUAGUAAGUGGGCUGAGGCAAUUGCAUUUGAUUCUGGUAAAUGUGACAUGUAUUUUGCAAGUCAAACCCAUGUAGUGAAUGGUGGAGCCCUGGAGUGCAUUGUAGAACAGAGUCUAAUUACAAGUAUAUAGGUCCUUGAAAGUGGUCUCACAAGUAGACAGGGUGGUGAAGAAAGUAUCUGGCAUGCUGGCCCUCAUAAGUCAGAGUACUGAGUACAGGUAUUGGGACAUUAUGUUGCAGUUGUACAUGACAUUAGUGAGGCCCGCACCUGGAGUAUCAUGUACAUUUAUGUUUACCUUGCUAUAGGAAAUGCAUCAUUAAGCUGGAAAGAGCGACAAGUGAACUUACAAGAAUGUUGUCAGCACCUGAGGUCUCAGCUCCAGGGAGAGCUUGACGAGGCUAGGACUUUAUUCCUUGAAGCAUAGGAGACUGAGGGGUGACUGUAUGGAGAUGUUUGAAAUAAUGAGGGACAUAGAUCAGGUGAAUACACACUCCUUUUUUCCUAAGGAAUGGAAUAAAGACCAGAGGGCACAGAUUUAAGGUGACUGGGGAAUGUUUAAAAAUGACCUGAGGGGCAACUACUUCACACAGAGGCAAUGCAUAAAUGGAACAAGCCAUCAGAGAAAGUGUUUGAGGUAGGUAUAAUGGCUUUUAAAAGACAAUUAACCAGUUACAUGGAUAUGAAACAUUUAGAUAUGGAUCAAACCCAAACAAAUGAGAGUAACUUACAUGGACAUCUUGAUCAGCAUGGGCUGAAUGGCCUGUUUCCACAACUAAGAAAUUGAUUCCACCAGCCAGCCUAAUUUGUAUCCAAUUGGAUAGCAUCCAAUAUAAUCUAACCAUCAGAACACGCCUAAACUGUGGGUCCUUGUCAAAGACCUUACUGAAGUCCUUGUAGACAACGCCUCCUAGGAUUCUCCUAACGUAUCUGCCAAAAUGUUCUCGUGUCCUCUUUUUGUCCCUAUUUAUCUCAAGUGCCCUAGCCCCAAGGAACUUCAUUGAUCCUAACUGCACAUCACAUUUACCUCCUGUUUGUAGAAAUUGACCAAGACGCUCUUAAUCAGAAGUGGAAGGCACUGGUGUUGGUUCACAGUUGGAAGGUUUCAAUGAUUCUCCUGGUUUCUUUGUUUUGUUUAUCACAUGUGGGGACACAAUUGCUUCAUUCUUUCUUGCAGCUGUGAAUUUAAUCCAGCAUUUGAAAGUGCUCACUGCUGCUGACUUUUCUUUUACUUGGCUAUUGUCCAACUUAUUUUGAAUUUUCAGAUUGGAUAUGACAGGAUUCACCUUUCUAGUAGCUACCAAUCAAGGCCCACUGGCUGGCUGAGUGACAAGUGCUUCCUUACAAUCAUUGAUCAAGAUGCUGUUCGUCAGAAGUAGAAGGUGCUGAUGUCUGAGAAGUAUUCAAAGACUAUCCCUUGUUUUUUCGUUUUUUUGUUUUGCUUGGAGACUCUAUUAAGUCACUAAUGCAGAACCUAUCUAGAACGAGUCCCAGGAUGCUUGAGUCACACUUUGUUCUCUGCACUGAUUAGACUGGUGAAGCUGGAUAUCUGGAGUCUACUUGCCCCUGAGUGGGGCCAGCAGCUCAAAGCCACGGCUGCGUGUCUGAGCGGUGUCAGAGACGCCAUAUUCACGGCACCUCCAUGCUCGGCCUCGCCAUCUUGUAGAACUGUACAAAGCAGUCAAAUUCAAACUCUAGGGCAGACUCGCAGAGCGACGAGUAACACUAUAGAAUGGUAUUUGCCAAAGAGAAGGACAUGGAGAGUAGAAGCGAGGUGACACUUUCAAUACUGAUCCAAGGAAAGGCUCUUCUCUCAUCCAUUCCAAUCACUCCCCUCUUUUAAAUCUCUAUUCUAAGUUGUGUAUGGUUUGAUUGUAAUCAUGAAAUGGAUCAUUUACCUAGAAGCACACAAACAAUGUUUUUUACUGUAUCUUGGUCUACAUGUCAUUAAUAAACCGAUACCAACAGUUCCAAUAUUCUUGGGCAUGAUGAUAUCAAGAAUGAUGAGGUGUUGGGACUCUCAAAGAACAUUAAGGCAGAUAACACCCAGGACUUGCGAGCUGUUGCAUUUUGGUAGGCAAAACAAGGGCAGCAAUUACAUCGUAAAUGAUAUGGGCUGUCGGGAGUGUUUUUGAAACAAGGAGACCUGGGGUUCAGGUAUAUUGUACCAUGAAAGUGGCGACACAGGUGGAUAGGGAGGUAAAGAAGGCGGUUGGCACAGUUCACCUUCAUUGGUCAGGGUAUUAAGAUUUAUGAGAUUGUUACUGGGUGUGGAUGGUUUGCGCUAUAAGGAGAGGCUAGAUAGUUAGCUAGGUAUUUAUUUACUUAGUAGCGUUAGAGGCUGAGGGGUAACUUUGUGAGAGGUUUAUAAAAUCAUGACAGGCAGAGAUAAGGUAAAUAGCCACAAUUUUUCCAAGGAUAGGGGAUUAAAAAUUAGAGGGGGUUAUGGUUUAAGAUGAAUCAUAGGGAAGGUUGUCAAAUGAUACAGAAGGAUAUAGACCUCUUGUCAAUUUUGGUGUAGACAUGGCCGGGUGUGUUUAAUCCGGACAAGUCUGAGAUGUUACUUUUUGGGAGGACAAAUGUAAUAGGAAAGUAUUAGUAAAUUGGCAGGAUAAUUGGGAGCAUUGAUCUCCAGAGUGAAGACAGAAGCAACUGCACUUGCUGAAUCUUGAGUAAAAAUACUGGAGUAACAGCCGGCCAGGUGGCAUCUCUGGAGGACAUGGAGAGGUGACGUUUCGGGUCUGAUGAAAGGAUCUUGACCCCAAAUGUCCGUAUCCAUGUCUUCCAGUAAUGCUGGCUGACCGUUGAGUUACUCCAGCACUUUGUGAUCUGCAGAAUGAUCUCAGGAUAUUAAGAUUGUAUUUUCCUGAAAGUGUCACCGCAAGUGGAUAAGGUGGUAAAGAAGAUAUGCUUGCCUUCAUUGGUCACAAAUUGAGUAUAGAAUUUGGCUAGACAUAUUGCAGCUGUAUACGAUUUUGGUUACUGGAGUACUAUGUGCAGUUCUGGUAACAAUGUUACUGGAAGAAUCUGGAGGCUUUAAAGAGAAAGCACAAGAAGUUUAGAUGACUAUCGAACCAGAUCUUCGAUUGUCCACUUCCCUCCAAAGAUACUGCCUGACCCAUUGAAUUGCUCCAUCCAUUCCCCCUUGUCUGCUGCAAAUUCAGCAUCUGCAGUCUCUCGU